AUGACCGACGCGCCCGCGCCUCGCAAGAGAGGCCGGCCACGAAAUGCGACGGAUGAUCAGCAAGAUUCCGAGAGACGUCGAAGGCAGCUUCGCAUCGCGCAGCAUGCAUAUCGCAAGAGAAAAGAGACCACGAUCGUCAAUCUGCAAUCUCGCGUACAGGAACUCGAGUCGGGCAUCGAAGAGCUCAGCGAGUCGUUCCUUUCCUUCAGUAAUCUUCUGUUGGAGGCUGGGAUUCUUCAAAAUCAGCCUCGUGUCACAGCUGCUCUGCAAAAAAUCACACAGCAAUGCGUGUCGCUUGCCAAAAGGGGCUGCGACGAGGCCGAACAACCUGCAGCCCCGGCGGACGUAUCGCUGUCGACGCCUCCUACGCUGAGCGAUACACAAGAUAUAAUCUCAAAUUACAAUCCGCUCAUCACGCAACUUGAUUCAUUGCCAAUAAUCAGUGAUGCUUUCCAGUCCUCGUCGGACCUCGCGGCUCAAUGGCCUGGACUAUCACAACUGCCCCCCACGCUACCCUUCCAAGAACAAGCAAUUCUGCCGUUCGGAAUACCCUUGUCGUCUCCGAAUAUCCCCUUCUCAUCCAUCCUUAGUCCUGCCUUGAAUUUCCCGACUAUAGUAUCGCCCGACAAUCUCUUAAAGCAAGGGCGUUGGACAAUCUCACACCUUCUAGUCCGACAAUGCUGCGAGACUGGAUACUAUCUAUUAACAAACUUAUCUGGAGACGAUCCAAGGGUCAAAGCAAUCUUCGGCAAACGAUUGGCCAACGACGAGCGCAACUGCUUGAUCUCCGGAUUCGUCGCCGUCAGACACGACGAAAUAGGAGACACAAUCGAGUUGAGGACAAAAGUUCUCAAUUCAAGGAGGAGCAGCUACUCGCCUGAACGACUCGCCGUUUCCUCUCGAACGUGGCAAAUUGUCAAUGAAUCGGGUGCUGAUGAGUGGAUGGAUGCGAGUGGUGUACAAAGGCUGCUACAGCAGCGAGGGAUUCGUCUUCAGGGCCUGAGCUCGCCCCUUUCCAGUCCCCGGUUCAAUUCGGCUCCGCAGCUCAACGCAGCGAGCUUUAUUAAAUAUCUUUCCCUCUGCCCUAUCUGUCUCGGUCGCGGACCAGCGUUCCGAAAGCGCGAUGUUGAGAAUGCCAUUCGCCUUGCAACUCUUGAUGAUACUUGGGCGUUUAAUCCUGUGUGCGAAAUACCAUCAAUUAUGUAUAAUGAACAAUAG